AGUCAGACUCAGAUGAUCUCUGAACAUUGAGGUUCUACUUUUCAUCUUUAAUACAAACUGCAACGAUGUCCCUUUUCAAGAAGCCUACAGACAAAGAGGUUUUGAGAAAAACGGAGAAAGACUUGAAGAAGACACAACGAGGAGUGGAUAGGGACAGAGUGAAAUUGGAGAGAGAUGAAAAGAGAUUAGAAAUGGAAAUAAAGAAGGCUGCUAAACAAGGCAACAAACAGGCAUGUGCAGUAUUAGCGAAACAACUCGUAAACUUAAGGAAACAGAAAGUUAGGUUAUAUGGGGCCAGUGCAACAAUAUCAUCAGUCAAUGCGCAGACUAAGUCUAUGGUAGCUAACAAAGCAACUGCAGAAGCCAUGGGGAGAACAGCAAAGGCAAUGGGUGCCAUGAAUAAACAGAUGGACCCUCAGAAGGUGAUGAAAACGAUGCAACAAUUUCAGGUGGAAUCAUCCAAGAUGGAAAUGAAAGAAGAGCUGAUGGAUGAUGUAUUGGACGAUAUCCUAGGAGGAUCGGAUGAAGAGGAGCAAGACGCUAUCGUCAAUCAGGUCUUAGAUGAGAUCGGUAUUGAGGUUUCAGGGAAGCUUGCCGAUGCACCAGGAUACAAGGGAGCCCUCCCAUCAAAAGUGUCAGAAUCACAAGCAAAGGAUAAAGCUUUAGAAGAACAACUUGCCAGAUUAAUGAGGGAAUAACUCUAAUUUCUUUUCUGCUAGUAAUAAAUGUAUAUUUAUGUCAAUUUUUAUACAUGUUUUUAUUUUUAUCAGUCAUUGACUCUUCAUUUGAAAUGGUAAUGAGAAUUCAUCUAUGACAUCAUGGGGAUGUUUCAUGAAGUGUCUUUUCACUGAUUUUCAUUGACAAAUUAUGUCUCAGCCAGUCAGGUAUAAGGAUUUCAGUAGCUUAUAACAGCUGUCACUGAAAACCUGUGAUGGAUUGCUUCAUGAAAUAUUCCCUUGUGAUAUGUUAUUUAUGUUAGUAUGGUUGUUCACCAUACAUUGCUUUCUGUAUUUAUAGUAUAGUGCAUUAUACAAGGACUUAAAUUAUAAAAGCAAACGGUUUUGUGAGGAAUGUAUUUUCAGAGUUUUAGGAAUUACUGCAGUCCAAACAUUGAAGCUCUCAGGUCAUAGGAUGUAAUCUUCUUAUCUAACUUUCAUCAUGUGUUAAGAAUAAAUGUUACAGAGGUUUUUCUUUGCAGUAAAAUAGGUAUGAGUGGUAAUUUGAUCAUUAUAAUAACCUUCCUAUGCAAGGGAGUGUGUUUUGUUUUCCA